CGGACACUUCGGGGCCGCGGCCUUCCCUGGAGAGCGGGAGCAGGGCGACCACCUGUGCGCGGUGCCCCGCGGGGAAGGCCGCGCGCCCGCCGCUGUCCCCAACGCGACCGUCGCUGCGGAGGCCGAGCCGUCCCGCGCCGCCCAGCGUCCCCGCCAUGAAGCCCAACUUCUCCCUGCGACUGAGGGUCUUUAACCUCAACUGCUGGGGCAUUCCCUACCUGAGCAAGCAGCGGGCCGACCGCAUUAAGCGCCUGGGAGACUUUCUGAACAGGGAGAGCUUCGACCUAGCUCUCCUGGAGGAGGUGUGGAGCGAGCAGGACUUCCAGUUCCUGAGGCAGAAGCUGCUACCCGCCUACCCAGCAGCACAUUAUUUCAGGAGUGGCAUCAUUGGCAGUGGUCUCUGUGUCUUCUCCAAACACCCAAUCCAGGAAUUCACCCAGCACGUCUUCACCCUCAAUGGCUACCCCUACAUGAUCCACCACGGUGACUGGUUCUGUGGGAAGGCCGUGGGGCUGCUGGUGCUCCGUCUGGGUGGAUUGGUGCUCAACGCCUACGUGACCCAUCUCCAUGCUGAGUACAAUCGACAGAAGGACAUCUACCUAGCACAUCGUGUGGCCCAAGCUUGGGAACUGGCCCAGUUCAUCCACCACACGUCCAAGAAAGCUGAUGUGGUUCUAUUGUGUGGGGACCUCAACUUGCACCCAAAGGACCUGGGCUGCCGCCUGCUGAAGGAGUGGACGGGACUGCAGGAUGCCUAUCUGGAGACUCGGGACUUCAAGGGCCCUGAAGAAGGCUGUACGAUGGUACCGCAGAACUGCUACGUCAACCGGCAGGAGCUAGAGCAGUUCCCCUUGGGUAUCCGCAUCGACUAUGUGCUUUAUAAGGCGGUGUCUGGGCUAUACAUCUCCUGUAAGACUCUCAGAACUACUACAGGCCACGAGCCUCACAGUGGCAGCCCCCUCUCUGAUCAUGAGGCGCUGAUGGCUACUCUGUAUGUGAGACACAGCCCCCCCCAGCACAACCCCAGCCCUACCCAUGGACCAGCAGAGAGGUCUCCGCUUAUCAGUGUGCUAAGGGAGGCCUGGACAGAACUGGACCAGGGCAUGGCUCAAGGUCGCUGGUGGGCCACCAUCGCUGGCUACGUGAUUGUUCUAGGGCUUCUUCUCCUGGCGUUGCUGUGUGCCCUGGCGGCUGGAGGAGAGAUCAGGGAAGUUGCUGUACUGCUCUGGACCCCCAGUGUAGGACUGGUGCUGGGGGCAGGUGCAUUCUAUCUCUUCCACGUGCAGGAGGCCAAGGGCUUGUGUCGGGCCCGAGCCGAGCUCCAGCAUGUGCUGGGAAGGGCAAGGGAGGCCCAGGACCUGGGCCCAGAGUCCCAGCCAGCCGGGCUCCUGGGGCAGCAGGAGGGAGACAAAGCAGAGGAACAAUAAAGCUUGACACUUU